UUUCUCUCUCUCUCUCUCGGUUUCAUCUCUAUCUAACCUUUGUUGGCUUAAGCUAAAAUCUAUGGCCUCUGUGAGUUCGAAGACAGAUGAAAUAGUUGAUGAGAAAUUGGAAGAGAAAAAUGAGGUUGAUGAUAGGAAUACUGAGACACAGAGUGCAAUUAUCUCAGAAGAAAAGCCUGUAUCUGAGGAUGUUUCUAUAGUUGAAGAGCUUGAAAAGAGUGGAAAGAUAAAGGAAGUUGAGACGCCGGAAAAUAUUGAUGCUGAUUCCAUUUAUCCAAAAAUUGAAGUAGAUGUGAAAGAUCUAGAAGUUGAGACUGGCAUACCUGAAGAACAGAAAAAAGAAAGUUCAGAUGCUGUAGUUCCUGAUGUUUCUAAAGCAACACAAAAUGAUGAUCUUGAUGCUCCGACCAGCAUUGAGGUUCCUCUGAGGGGUCUAGAAGUUCAAUCUGCCUUUCCUGAAGAACAGAAACAAGAGAAAAUAACAGAAACUCAAGAGCCAAUUUCAUAUGGAGCUACAAUUAAUAAUGGACGUGAAGUAGUCAAGUCCUCAUCACAUGAAGAAAAGGGUUCAAGAGAUGCAGAAGCUGUUCAGAAAGAGGAGGAAAGUUCGGAGGAGAUAACUGAGAAUCUAGUUGAAACACGUGAAGCUAAAACUGAAGUAGCCCAGAAUUCCACAGACAUCGGUGCAGCUGAAUUCUCUUGUGAUGAAGUAAGAGCUCCUGAAACUAUUGAAAUGGUGAAGAAAGAAAAGAAUGUGAGCUCUAACAUUGAAAAGGAAGGCAUUGAAGCAACGGUCAAGGAUGGCAAUAUUGUUCCUGAAGCAAGUGAGGUUCCUUUCAAGGACAAGGAAGUUUCUGCUAGCGAUGAGAAAAAGAGUGAAAGCUUCAAAGAUGUAUAUGCAGCUUCAGUGAAGGCGCCUAAAGAUUUCACCACUGUUGAAGAGUCGCCUGAACAGGUGAUCGAGGAAAAUAAGAAUGAGAGUUCCAAAAUCACUGCCGAGGCUGUGAAAGAUAUCGGACCAUCAGAAAUGGUUGAGGAGAAAAAGAAUGAGUCCAAAGAUCAUAGCAUGGUGGAAAAGAAUGUUCAAAUUCCAGAUGAUAAAAAGGAACUGCAAUUAGAAGAAACCAUACAAAUUGCAAUAGAUAAAUCAGAGAAGAAAGAGUUGGGAGCAGAAAAGGAAGACAGCCAGAAAUCAAAAGAUGUAGAUCCGAUUUUACCAUCCGAUACUGCUGAUACAAAGCUGAUUAAAAAGUCAACUAAAUCUGAGUCGGGCAACUUCUUCUCCAAGGCAAAGCGCUCAAUUGUGAAAGCAAAGAAAGCAAUCCUUGGAAAGUCAGCAGGACCCAAGACGGUGUCAUCAGAAAUCAAAGAUGGCAGCAGUUAAAUAGAUCAGAGGGGAAAUUAGUUUUUAUGGUUUUCAUGUCUGUUGUGUCAUAUAUGCUGUAGAGUUUUACGAACUUGCCUCUAUAGGCGUGAAAUAUGGAAAACAGCGUAUUAUAUGGUUAUUAUUGUUUCCCUUAAGGUGGUGUUGUGAUAUAUUAACUUUUAAACGUUUGGAUCAGUUCAGACAUUCUUUUGUUGACUAUUUAGGAGUGCAAUGUAUUUUAUAAACUACGAACAAUAUUUGCUUCAUCAUUAGUGCAAUUUUUGUGUGACAAAAAUAUUUCAUAGU